UUCUGGUUUGGAUAUUUUGCUUAUCGUAAUGGACACGCGUUCCAUGUCAGAACUUCCAACUCAGCUCAAGCAGAGGAAAUGGCCCUUAGACGUCACUACUUCUUGGUCGCUACCUGAUCCUAUUGGUUUACCGCAGUACUGCCCUAAUGCUAUUGGCCGAGAGGAGAACCUCAGGAAAGCUUAGCAAAAUCGAGCAGGGUAACAUCGCAACAGAAUACAGCAAGGAGCGGCGAGGGGAUGACUGAAUGAAAAUUCGCCUAGCUACAUCGACUGUAGUUUUAGGAAAGUGCCACCCUCCCUUAAAUAUUUCCUAUUGUAUAAUCAACAAACGUUAUAUUUAAAACGUAUCUUGCUAGUAAAAUCCAAAAAUAGCGAGGAUGUUGGUCCCCGCGGGAAGAUAAUGAAGCGGUUGCGCGUUUUGUUCGUGUGCCUCAUUGUAGCUGUCCUUUGCUGGUACCCCAGAAGUCAUGUGUGUUGUUCAGAGCACAACUCGUCAGGUCCAGGUGUGUCUAGUGGAGACAGCAGCCCCCCAGAGCAUCUUCAUGACCAUGAGCAUGCGCAGUACCACAGGACGGACCUCAAGAUGGAGUCGCCGAGGACACACACACACUCCUCCUACGACGUGGGACUGGAGACAGAGAGGGCUGCAUUAGAGGAGCCCAACACACACAACACUGAACAGACUGUGAAUCAGGAGGAGCCUGUAGCGGUAGAGGUCUGGUCAGCCCCAGAACCACACGCUGAUCCUGAACCCCCCGCUGCUGCUGCUGAGCCAAGCACACAAAUGACACAGCCUCACACACACACCCACCCAGAGCCCGAUACACAACUCCCUCCCCUCCAGGACCAGACAACUCCACCCUCCUCCACCCCAUCGCCCAGCGAUGACCUAGCCCAGGACCACGCCUCCACAGACCCCCCAGCCCCGGCCGAGACCCGCAGUGAUGCCCUGGCAGAACCCAGCCCAGCCCCGGCCACAGAAGACCCCCAACACACACCUACCUCUACCUCUCACACUCCUGCUCCAGCCCCAGCCAGUGGUGAUGCUGACCUAGUGGAGAGCCAGUCAGAGCAGGAUCAAAUUCAGGCUGGUUCUGAUGCUGAUGUCCAAGCAUCUGUCAGCCCAGAGGACCCAGACCAGGACCAAGGUCUACCAGAGCUGGACCUGGGGGGAAACACCUCCCACAGGCACCAAGACACCGACCAAGACCAGCAGGCAGUGGAUCAGGCAGUGGAUGCCAGUGAUGCCAGCGCUAUUGAGACGGACCCCUCAGUGCCCAGUAAGGAGGACAUCCCAACCUUCGACGAGUGGAAGAAACAAGUCAUGGAGGUGGAGAAAGAGAAGACUCUGUCCCUCCAUACCUCUUCAAGUGGAAGCCCCCCUGUGAAGAAGGUACAGAAGAACUUUAAAAACAACUAUGCUUCUGUGGAGUGUGGCGCUAAGAUACUGUCAGCUAACACAGAGGCCAAGAGUACAUCUGCUAUCCUCAUGGAGAAUAUGGACCUGUACAUGCUGAACCCCUGCAGCAUCAAGAUCUGGUUUGUGAUAGAGCUGUGUGAGCCCAUCCAGGUGAAACAGUUGGACAUCGCUAACUUUGAACUCUUCUCCUCCACACCUAAAGACUUCCUGGUCUCCAUCAGCGACAGGUAUCCCACCAACAAGUGGUUGAAGUUGGGAACGUUCCACGCCCGUGACGAGCGCACCGUCCAGAGCUUCCCAUUGGAUGAACAGCUCUACGCCAAAUACAUCAAGAUGUUCAUCAAGUACAUAAAGGUGGAGCUCAUCUCCCACUUUGGAUCAGAACACUUCUGUCCCCUCAGCCUCAUCAGGGUGUUUGGUACCAGUAUGGUGGAGGAAUAUGAAGAGAUUGCAGAUUCUCAGUACCCCUCAGAGAGGCUGGAGUACCUUGAUGAGGAUUAUGACUACCCUCCUGGGUACCUCCACUCUGAGGACAAGGGGUCCAAAAAUCUGCUGGGCUCUGCCACAAAUGCCAUUCUCAACAUGGUCAACAACAUAGCAGCCAAUGUUCUGGGAGGCAAGCCUGAGGGAGGAGCACAGAUAGAAGCCAACGCAUCAUCAGAAGCCCAGAACGAGACUGAGGGAAACAAAGAUGUGCAGCUCACCCCAACUCCAACCCCCACCACUCCUCCUCCAGCUGUGGAGACGGUGGAGCCAGACGACCCUGGUCCCCAGGAGGACCCUGACUCCCCCCUGCUUCCCCCCUCCCCGGAGAAUGGACAGAUCGUGACUCUGAUGGAGGAGGAGCCCCCACAGUCCACUGUGACUCUGAUGGAGGAAGAGGGGGAUGAUGAUGAGCAGGAGGAGAGAGAGGAACAGUGGAUGAGGGAGAGGGAGAGCCAGCUGUACUGUCCACUCUCUUCUGUCUCUUCUCUUUCUUGUGUGGCCACACUGCCAGAGUUGCUACAGCGCUGGUGUGACGCUCACCUCACCAGAGAGAGGCAGCAAGACACACACACCCCUAUACAGGUCCCUGUCCCUACCCCCACACACACACAGGAAGCCCCAACACGCACAGAGACGGUUCCUGAGCCUGAGACUGCCCCCCAAGCCCAAAAUGAGGGCCUACCCCCUUUAGACUCUCAAAAUCAUACCCUUCACAUCGACACACCCCCCGUGGACCCUAUCAUUUUGCUGGAGCCUAGCCGGACCUUUACCCUGCCCCCCCACAGCUUCUCUCAAACCUCCCUCUGCAAACCCACCCCUACCCAGGACGAAGCUCCCCAGCACCCCAGCCAAGAAGACCCUGUCCCCCCUCCAGCCCUGCAGGGAGCACCCGUCCCGGAGACUCAACAGGCCAGCACCCCCACCCCUACUCCCAGCUCCACUGCUCCCCUACACCUACCAACCUCUGAGACAGCCUCCCUGGACAUCCCCCCCCCUCCCCUGAAGGAGCAACCAGUCCAGCCCCUUCCCACAGCCUCUAGACUUGCAGACCUCCCCCCUCCCACUGACCUCCCUGUCCCCCCUCAGCCUGACACAAACACAGAGCCACACACUCCCAGCUGGGGCAGAGAGUGGAGACAGCCAGGGUCAGGGGAGCAGGGAGAUGCCUCUGCCCAGCCAGCAGAACACCUGCAUGGGGAAGAAUCCGUGGAAGACCUGCUGCUUAGCGUCCCGGUGACCGCUAACGGACAUUUACACCGGACGGCUACAGACUUCUACGCUGAGCUGCAGAACGCGGGGGAGUACAUUGGAGGGAAUGGAGGGGUGAACGGAGGAGUGAACGUGUAUGGCUCCAGUCAGAAGGAGAGUGUGUUCAUGAGGUUGAACAACAGGAUCAAAGCCCUGGAGAUGAACAUGUCCCUCAGCAGCAGAUACCUGGAGGAACUCAGCCAGAGGUAUCGUAAGCAGAUGGAGGAGAUGCAGAGAGCAUUCAACAAGACCAUAGUCAAACUGGAGAACACCUCCCGCAUCGCUGAAGAACAGGACCAGCGGCAGACAGAGUCUAUCCAGAUGUUACAGGGCCAGCUGGAGAACGUCACCAAGCUGAUGAUCAACCUCACCAUGACGGUCUCACAGCUACAGAGAGAGGUGUCUGACCGACAGAGUUACCUGGUGGUGUCUCUAGUCCUGUGUCUCUGUCUGGGCCUGGUGCUCUGCCUGCAGUGCUGCUGGAGUGCCAACACACACACCGUCACACACACUGCAGUCAACCACUACCCCAGCCCCAAGAGGUGUUUCUCCUCCUAUGAUGAUUUGAGUCUGAAGCGGAGGGUAUCGUGUCCUCUCCUACGCUCCAAGUCCUUCACCUUUCCUACUUCAGAAGUAGGCCCUGACGACCUUUACAUUGUUGAACCUUUAAGGUUCUCACCAGAGAAAAAGAAGAAACGAUGUAAACUGAAGGCAGCAUUAUCAGCCCCCUCUUCUCCGAUGGCUAACGGGGGACUCAAAUGCAAUGGUCUCCCCCACUCCCUGAAUCCCCCUCCUCCUCUAGAAGACAUGUCCUGUAAGGAGCUCCCCUUCCCAUCAGAGAGUAGCAGCUGUAGCUCCUCCAGCCACUCUGAAGAGUCCUACAUCAGCCGAGGCCAUCCCCUCUCCUCCCCCCCAGGCCUGUGUAAUGGCCACGCUGCCGUGCUCCUCCCAUCCAACCUUCCCUCCCUCCCUCUCCCCUCCUCCCUUCCCUCCCUCCCUCUCCCCUCCUCCCUCCCCUCCCUCCCUCUCCCCUCCUCCCUCCCCCUCUCUCUUCCCUCUAAGAGGUCAGUGAAGCGUCGGCGGUCUCGUCAGGGAGAUCUGCAGUUCUCCUCCAGACAGACAGGAGGCGCUGCUGUGAACGCUCUGCACAGCCUGCAGCAGCUGAUCAAGGGAAACAAGGAGAUCAGUGUGGGGACCAUAAGAGCCACGGCAGUCACAGGACACGUCUGAUCACACACACAUGCACACUUCAGAUUGACUCAUAUACACACACCCUGGUAGCAGACUUGGUUAGGGAUGUGUGAAAGGGUGUGGUCUUGCCCCAAAAUGGCCACAUCUCUGAACCACAUCUCCCAUGAGCACCCUGCCCACAGUGGAACUCAAACACCAUGAUAUUAGUCACCCUAGCAACAGCCAUUCAGAGACCUCUCCACGGUCAUGUGCCUUUCUGUCCACUCUAAAGCUUUCACUGAUGUAAAAAAACACUGAAAGGAUUGUUCUUUUUAUGUUCGGAGCGAGACUAAUGGUGGGGAGUGUUACUAGGAAACAGACAUUAAUUCAGCUGUUUCUACUGGACAAGCACAUCAGACCUGGGCAUCAGGGGCUUGUACUCCAGCCCUGUGCCCAGAGGAGAGGGGCUGAGUGGAGCUCUUACCCGGUUCCUUGUGAAAGUACAGUAUGAAGCUGUAAGGAUGAAAUGUGUCGCAGUGAGAGAACUGUGCAGCAGGAUUAGCUUCUUCUCCCUCUUUCCUCCUGUCCUCCAUUUCCACAUUCUGUUUAUUUUCUGUGCAUUGUUCAGUGCUAGCUAACACUACUGCAGUUGUUUGUAUGGGACCAGGGUGUUAACCCUUCACACACAACAGGCCCUCUGUCUCCCUUUCUCAGGCAGUCUAACCUAAUGCCAUGCAACUAGCAGAGCUGAAUGAAGAUACAUACCCAAUGUGUGUGUGAGCAUGCAAGCGUUCCUGUCUCUAGCCCAUGUUUAUCCAGCUCUGAUACAAAGGAACAGGCUCUAUACCUCUUGAACUCGUUAACCUAGCUAUUCUCCAGUCAGACUUUGUGUGUGUGUGUGUGUGUGUGUGUGCUCGUUCGUUCGUUCGCACAGAGAGCCAGCCAAGAGGAAAGGGAUCUUGUACUGUAUAGACUGGUUGUUUUUGCACAUUGUGACAGGUCAACAGAACCCAGUCAGUUAGGUUUUUAUAUUGAGCUGUAUAUGAGCCAUGCUGAGAGCUGAAUGUUGUGUGUUAUUAUAGUUGUUAUUAGGAACAGUUUAGUCUGAAGAUGUCGGUGUGUUCGAGCACACAAACACCCGCUGUUGGUAGAAGUUGCCUCUAGGAUCUGCUUUCCUUCCCCCAAUUCCUAAUAUUAACCAUUCAUAUCAACAGUGUAAUGCAACACUGACCUUUCGAUCAGUGACACAGGGUAAUGUCAGUCUUGCGAGCAGAUCCCCUGAGGUCCUGUAGGGGAUGCUGUGAGGCCACUUUUAUUUAUCUAGUUAUUUAUGUUCCAGCCUCAAAACAACCCUAUCAUGUAGCCCAGGGGAAAUGCAUGGUACAUAGAAUAAUAAUGAUUGCAAUUAAAACAAAGGUAGAUGCAUUUUACUAUCGCAUACUGUAUGAUUGUCACUGGCUGCCCGACACUAGUUCACCUAUUGUGACCAAUAUUUGUUUUGGGUUUUCAAAGCUAUACGGACAACAAGGUAUCAUCCACCUUUUGUCUCUGUAAAAGUGGUUUGAUCAUCUGGUGUUUGCAGAGUUGCCUCCACUGUCACACCUGCACACAACCCAUGGUGUUAAUUAGAAGCCUACCAGGGAACAGAGGGCUGGAACAGUCCCAAUAACUGCUGGGGUCGUAUACGAACCAGCUUCACCUCACAAGUUACUGUUAUGGGAAGAUGAAGUUAAAACAAAUGUUUGAAGUCAAUUUGUUUGUCUGUCUGUGCAAGGAUGUGAUUGGAAUGGCAAGAGUCCAUUUGAAUAAGUUGCAGAUGUGAAAAAUCAUCUGUGUACUAUAUAUCUGUGCCAGUGGUUAGUAUGCCAGUAGUUAGCUGGCCUCUGAGCUAUGUUGGGUUGGUUGUUGACUGACUGAGAAAGAGACUGGGCCCACUGUAUUCUACAAACUACACACACCACACUCCCUCUACAGACCAACCACCUAGGUCCCCUACUCCACACACUGACCUCUGACCCCUACACAGUUCAGGGUUCAGAAAGUGUGAAGAGCUCUCUUUUAGUGCAUCUGUUUUAAUUGAACCACUUCUGUUCCCAUUACCAAGAACAUCACCUUUAACUGGCCACCUGCUAUCCUUACUAGCUUGUCAUUCAUUCAUGUGUUUAUUACUGUGCAUUUACCCCACCUCGAAUAAGGUAGUGGUUUUCAGAGGAGUCUGAAGGAACUUGUGAACUUAAUAAAGGGAAUGUUGGAAAAGGGUUUGGAACGCACUGUUUUAUCUGAUUACAAGUGUUCCACACCCAGUGAAUCAUGACCGACUUUGUUUUUCUACCCUUUUUGAAUGUGUAUGAUAUUAUGUGUAUGCAUGCAAGAGUGUUUCUUUGUUUUCUUGAUGUGUGUUUGUGAGAGACUCAGCGAAGCCCUAAUUUAACACUCUCACUAGAGAUUGGUACUCAUGACCCCCAGGUCUCAGUGUGCACUUUGUUAUUAUUACUACCUUCAUGCCUUUUGUUUUUCUACACUAAAUGCUGUCUGUCAACUGCUUUGCUUCUCUCUUUCUGAGUAUUCUGGGAAAGAGCUGCACAGUAUUGUGGAACAGGAGCGACAGUAACUACAAAGAUGUAGUACCAUUAGAAACUGUGAAUUUCUAAAUAAAACAUUGUCUUUCACUUGA